AUGGUAGCGCGUCUGACUCCAGAUCAGAAGUUGCAGCGGUUGGUGUUUGACUUCGAAUUCAGGGAGAAAGUUUGGAUUUUUGCCAUCUUGGUGUUGUUAGCUAUGGCAGAUCUGUUCAGUGGUGGUGCUGUCGGAGCAGUGAUGGGAGAAUUCUUGAAAGGGGCCAUUGCAACCAUAAACAAAGGUCGAGAAUUCAAACCCACCCUCGAGAGCUACAUAGAAACCUUAGACUCUUUGGCUCCUCUGGUGGAGCAGAUGAAGAAGUACAACAUGAUGUUAGAUAGGCCCAUAGAGGAGAUAGAGCGGUUGGAGCGUCACAUGCGAACUGGAAAAGAGCUGGUUCAGAAGUGCUCGAAAUUUGGUCGCUGGAGAAUGUUGUCGUUCCCUUAUUACCAGAGCAAGCUUCGGAGCAAAGACGUGGCUCUAGGGAAGCACUUAUCGGUGAAUGUGUCCGCGGAGAACAAGAGGGACUUGAUGGAGGUGGUGAUCAACGUGAGGAAGGUCUUGGAGAUUCUGCUAAAGAAGGAGGAUAUAGAGCCAUAUCAUGGGUACCAGCUCAGGGGUAUAUAUGGGGCUCCUCAAGAACCUGAGUUUAUGGAAAUGGGUGUGCCUUUGAGCAAGCUGAAGAUGGACUUGCUCAAGGAUGGUGUCUCCGUUCUUGUCUUGACUGGUUUGGGAGGGUCGGGGAAAAGCACUCUGGCUAAAAAGAUCUGUUGGGACCCUGAAGUCGAAGAGAUUGCAGACAAGUUCGGGAAAAACAUCUUCUUUGUCACCGUAUCAAAAACGCCCAACUUGAAGACCAUUGUAGAGACCCUGUUUGAACAAUGUGGUUGUCGGGUGCCUAAGUUUCUAAGCGAUGAAGAUGCAGUAAACCGGUUGGGAGUUCUGCUGAGGGUUGUUGGAAAAAAUCCAAUACUGUUGGUCUUGGAUGAUGUUUGGCCUAACUCAGAAGCCCUCAUUGAGAAGUUUAAAAUCCAGAUACCUGAUUACAAGAUUUUGGUGACUUCAAGGGUUGCAUUUCCAAGAUUUGGCACCUCAUACCAGUUGGAUAACCUUGAUCAUGACCAUGCAGUAUCCCUUUUCCGUCACUUUGCACAGCUGAAUGACAAAAGCUCAUACAUACCUGAUGAAAAUCUUGUCCACAAGAUCGUGAGAGGUUGCAAGGGUUCACCAUUGGCCCUUAAGGUGACUGCUGGAUCACUCUGUCAGCAGCCUUUUGAGGUGUGGCAAAAUAUGAAGGAGCGUUUACAAAGUCAAUCCAUUCUGGAGUAUAAUGAUAUUGAUUUGCUUUUUCGUCUUCAACAAAGUUUAGAUAUAUUGGAGAAUAAGUUCUCCAUCAACGAAAAGGUGUGUUUCAUGGAUCUGGGGCUAUUUCCUGAAGACCAAAGGAUCCCUGUUGCUGCCCUCAUUGAUAUGUGGGCAGAACUGUAUAACCUUAAUGAAGAUGGUAGCAAUGCAAUGUCCAUUGUCCAUGAUUUAAGCACCAGGAAUUUGAUUAAUUACAUAGUUACAAGGAAAGUUGCAAAGGAUACAGACAUGUACUACAAUAACCACUUUGUUAUGGUGCAUGAUCUCCUGAGAGAGCUAGCAUUACGUCAAAGCAGAGAGGAAGCAUUUGAGCAAAGAGAAAGAUUGAUGAUUGAGUUAAAUGGAGAUAAUCGUCCUGAAUGGUGGGUAGGAUUGAAUCAGCAAGGAAUCAUUGCCCGUACGUUCUCGUACAUCCUGGGAAUGUUUUAUAGACAGAAACAACUUAAGGUUGCUGCCCGGAUAUUGUCUAUUUCAACUGAUGAAACGUUUAAUUCAGAUUGGUGUGACAUGCAACCUGACGAAGCUGAAGUUAUGGUUUUAAAUCUUCACUCUAGGCAGUACUCAUUGCCAGAGUUCACAGAGAAGAUGACUAAACUUAAAGUUCUGAUAGUCACAAACUAUGGCUUCGAUCGUUCUGAAUUAAUCAAGUUUGAGCUACUUGGUUAUUUAACUAACUUGAAAAGAAUCAGAUUGGAAAAGGUUUCAGUCCCUUCCCUGUGCAUAUUGAAGAGUCUGCAAAAAUUGUCCCUUCAUAUGUGUAAUAUAAGGCAGGCUUUUGAAGGAUGUUCUAUCCAAAUCUCAGAUGCAAUGCCAAAUCUUGUGGAGAUGAGCAUUGAUUAUUGCAAUGAUCUGGUUAAAUUGCCUGAUGGGCUAUGUAACAUCACCCCCUUGAAGAAGCUUAGUAUCACUAACUGUCACAAGCUUUCUGCACUGCCACAAGAUAUUGCAAAGCUGGAGAAUUUGGAAGUUCUAAGGCUAUGUUCUUGCUCUGAUUUGGUAGAGAUGCCAGAUUCUGUUAAAGGGCUUAACAAGCUUAACUGUCUUGACAUCUCAGACUGUGUGAGUCUUACCAAAUUACCAGACGACAUUGGUGAGUUGAAGAAGCUUGAGAAGCUUUACUUGAAGAGUUGCUCAAAACUGAGUGAAUUGCCAUACUCGGUCGUUAAUUUUGGAAAUUUAAAGCAUACAAUAUACGUGAUCUGUGACGAAGAAAUGGCUUCCUUAUUGGAAAAUUUCCCUACCCCUCCUAAUUUGAAGAUAGAGAUACCUACAGUGGAGAAUAACUUAAAUUGGCUUCCUGGAGUUCAUUCCUAA